CACAGUGCCUGACUUGCCAACGAAUGUCGUCUCUGUCAUUUGUCCUGUGUGGAUCGCUUCGCGAGGAUGGUAUCCACGGGUAACCAAAAGCAAUGCCAGAUCAUUACUGCUACUGCUGCUUUGUUUCUGGCAGUCAUUGGCAUUCUUCUGCUCGUCGUACCCAACAAUGACAUCAAAGAGCCGCCAGAGUUUAUGUAUGGAAUAGUCCUGGAUGCUGGAUCCUCUCAUACGGCCAUGUUCAUCUACAAAUGGCCAGCAGACAAGCAAAACAAUACCGGCAUUGUCAGUCAACACAGCGAGUGUCAUGCAAAGGGAGGCGGGAUCUCCAGUUAUGCAGGUGUCAGAGGAGGAGCAGCCCGUAGCCUUGAGGAAUGCAUGGAAAAAGCCUUGAAGGAGAUCCCAAAGUGGAGACACAGACUCACUCCUGUGUAUCUCGGGGCCACAGCAGGCAUGAGGCUACUGAAUAUUUCUAAACCCAAAGAGUCAGAUGAGGUUUUGAAGGAAGUGGGAGACAAACUGAAGACCUACCCAUUCAGCUUCAAAGGUGCCACUAUUUUAAGUGGACAAGAGGAGGGAGCUUAUGGAUGGGUCACAGUCAACUACCUACUUGAAAAAUUUAUCAAGUAUGGUUUUGUGGGUCAGUGGCUGUCUCCAGGCAGAGACACUGUUGGUGCGCUGGACUUUGGUGGAGCUUCUACUCAGAUCACAUUUGUGACUGAACAAACAGUGGAGAACGAAGACAAUCUGAUGAACCUGAGUCUGUACGGACGAGACUAUAAGAUUUACACUCAGAGUUUUCUGUGUUAUGGCCGAGACCAGGUCUUACUCAAACUGCUGGCACAUCUGAUCACGACUCAGGGUUCAGACAGCUCCAUAGUCCAUCCUUGCUAUCCUGCAGAUUACAAUCACUCCAUGAAGCUGUGCAGUGUGUUUGACACUCCAUGCAAUAAAAGACAAACUCCCUGUAAACCUGAUGACAACCUGCAAAUAAAGGGCACUGGAAACUACAAUCAAUGCAUGGGAAACGUUUCUCAUCUCUUCUCUUUUAACCACUGUUCUUAUUCCAAAUGCUCCUUUGAUGGAGUCUUCCAGCCAAACAUUACUGGAAACUUCAUGGCAUUUUCUGCAUUUUUUUACACCCAUUCCUUUCUUCAGAAAGCUGCAGGCAUCACCAUCACAUCUCUAGCAGAUUUAGAGGACGCUGUCCGUGUCGUCUGCAACAUGAGCUUUCAGGAGAUGUCAAAUAUGGCUCCGGAUCAGAAAAACCUUCUGAAGGACUACUGCGCAGUCUCAGUCUUUGUACAGGUGCUCCUGGUCAAUAGAUAUGGUUUUGAUGAUCUCACCUUCCCACACAUCUCCUUCCAGCAGAAGGCGGGAGGCACAUCUGUCGGCUGGUCCCUUGGUUACAUGCUAAUCUUGAGCAACCUGCUGCCUGCUGAAAAUGUGUUACUGAGAAAAGCACUGAGCUCAGGCACCUGGAGUGUUCUGAUCCUCCUCUUUUCGGUCCUUCUUAUUAUGGCGCUAUUUUUUCUGUUUCGAGCCAUCCGUAAGAAAGAAAAUGAUGCUGUCAUUUAAUAAUGAAUGAGUUAUAUUGCUCCCUGUGUACAUCAUUAUGCAAUGCCCUUAGCAGAGA